AUCACUCAAGAAUUCUGUCCCCCCUCAAGCACACAAACACCGUAAACUGGGAAACAGCUCUCGGACAGGGGAAUAAAAGUGGCCAACAGCUUAAGGACGACAAACAGUUGAUGUGAAGCGUUGCUUGCGUUCGGACGGACGGGAUUAGUGAAGUGAAUUAAUCAGUUAAAAGUGUGAAGUGAAAAAAUAUUGGAACAUUUCCGAUAGCAAACAUGAUCAAGAGUGUGGAAAACAUCCAACUGUUGAAGCAGUUCAGCAAACUGAUUGCAUCGGCGAAUGCUCAAAUUGUGCGCUCAGGACAACCGGCAGCCGUUUUGUUGAGCCGAAAUGGAACCUCUCCCAGUUAUGACCCAAAACGCAAAUCGUCAUCUUUCGCCAGCCAGAAUGCCAAAAUGUCCUCAAUCGUUACGGUGACAAAAACCGACAAUCUGUACAGCGGCGCGAAGAAUGUCGUCCUGAAGAGCAGCCCUGGCGCGGCAUCGAAAGCAGUAUUCGACCGGGAGGAUAAAUUUGGGGCCCACAACUACCACCCCAUUCCGGUGGCACUGGCUCGGGCCGAAGGAGUCUACGUGUGGGAUGUCGAGGGAAAGCGUUACUACGAUUUCCUCAGUGCCUAUUCGGCCGUUAACCAGGGUCACUGUCAUCCCCGAAUAGUGAAAGCCCUCACCGAGCAGGCCCAGAUUCUGGCGUUAACAUCUAGGGCAUUCUACUCGAACGUUUUGGGCGAGUAUGAGGAGUACAUCACGCGACUGUUCGGCUACGACAAAGUUCUUCCAAUGAACACCGGUGUGGAGGGCGGUGAAACGGCGUGCAAGCUCGCACGCAAGUGGGCCUACAAAGUCAAGAAGGUACCGAACAACAAGGCGAAAAUCAUUUUUGCCGAGGGCAAUUUCUGGGGCCGCACUCUGGCUGCUGUUUCCGCCUCCAAUGAUCCGUCGAGCUUCGAAGGAUUCGGUCCGUUUAUGCCCGGAUUCGAGUUGGUUCCGUACAAUGAUACCGUUGCGCUGGAAAAAGCUCUCCAGGAUCCCAACGUUUGUGCCUUCAUGGUGGAACCGAUUCAGGGAGAGGCGGGCGUCAUGGUUCCGGACGAUGGCUAUCUGAGAAAGGUUCGCGAGUUAUGUACAAAGUACAACGUGCUGUUCAUUGCUGAUGAAGUUCAAACUGGGCUAGCGCGGACCGGUCGUAUGCUUGCCGUAGAUCACGAACAGGUUAAGCCAGAUGUGUUGAUUCUGGGCAAGGCUCUCUCCGGCGGUAUGUAUCCGGUGUCGGCAGUACUUGCCAACGACGAUGUGAUGCUGUGCAUCAAACCAGGAGAGCAUGGUUCCACAUACGGAGGAAACCCACUAGGAUGCAAGGUUGCCCUGGCAGCUCUGCAAGUUCUGGUUGAUGAGAAACUGGCUGAGAAUGCCGAACGCAUGGGGCGCAAGCUGCGGGAGUCACUCUCGGAACUUCCCAAAGACCUGGUACCGGUGGUGCGAGGAAAGGGUCUGCUGAACGCCAUUGUGAUCGAUUCCAAGUACGAUGCGUGGGACGUUUGUCUGCGGCUAAAGAACAACGGACUGAUCGCCAAGCCCACCCAUGGUGAUAUUAUUCGAUUUGCACCUCCACUCACGAUCACCGAAGAACAGCUGGAUGAGUGCCUGGAUAUUAUCAAGUCCACGAUCAUGUCUUUCGCAAAUGAACACUAGGGAGCUCUGCGUCGCAGUCGUAUUACAGAUAAUAGUGCACGAACAUUUCUUUAUUUCCAUAUUAUUUCAUUUAAUUACAUCAUAUUUUAUCAAUCUCAAAAA